AUGCUAAUCUGGAUCAAGGGAGCACCGACCCCUGCCGAGAUGCGAGAUAAAAUCGCAGGAAUGGAGACCGACUUUCGCGACAACCUAGCGGAGUACGUCGAAUCUUGCAGUCAAGGUGAGUUUUACGGCGGAAGUGUUGACGACGUAAGAGCACAUCAAAAUGUGCGCAAGGCUGAUACUGGCUACCAAGAUCCCACCCUUACUUCCCUCGUUCCACCUUCCUCUUCGUACUGCGAUUGCAAAGAACCUGGCUGUGAAGCGUGCAAGGCAACAAUGCAGUGGGAGGAACAAUUCAAAGCGGACGUCGAUGACAUCCUGUAUCGCACUAAUCUUCAUAAGUGCAGCGUUCGUUACUGUCUCAAUAACAAAAACGGCACCUGCAAAGCUCGCAUGCCUAGACAGACCCGUGCUGAUACCGGUGUGGACCUCGAGACGGGGGCACUUAGAUUUAAGCACAAAGAACCGUACUUGAACGAUGUAUGUCCCCUGAUCUCACACACUUGUCGAUGCAAUCAUGAUUGCACCCCCCUCAUGUCCGGCUCGGCCGUUAACCACAUUGUUUACUACAUAACAGAAUACAUUACGAAGAUGGGUCCCCCCACGCAUGUCAUGUUCGAAUCCAUCAAAGCUGCGUUCGAUCGUAGCUCUGAGAUGCUUUCCGGAGACAAAUCACGCGAAGAGAAGGCGAGGAAACUGAUGACCAGAGUAAUCAACAUUCUAACUACGAAAUCUGAAAUUGGCGCUCCGUUUAUGGCGGCCCAUCUGAUGGGCUUACCUGAUCGCUACACAUCUCACACGUUCGUCUCCUUCUAUUGGCAUAGAUUCAUCAAUGAGGUCAAAAAGAUGUGGCAUCCGCCCACCGAAGAAGACGAGGAAGAAAUGGUUAGAGUUAUGAAGAGAGGUGAAAACAUCAUUGGCGUUCAUGACGCCCAGAACUACAUCUAUCGUGCAGACGCUUUAGAGGAUAUGACCUUGUAUGAGUUCGCAAGGUUAGGCAAGCGAGUGCCUAUACCAGGUCUCAAGCGCAAACCCGAACGAACAGAUCAAACACGGCACGGACAGUACAGUAAGGAAAACGAUACGGACAACGAGUGCGAAAGUGAUGACGAGUCGGUCACAUCGAACGACCAUGCAUCGGAAGAUGACAUGAAGAUGCUCGACAGUAUGCGCGACAAUUCGGAAGCAGAAGCAACAGAAGAUGAGCAGCCCGAAGACAAUUGCAGAAGCGUGCCGCCUACCAAUAAACUACCAGGGUCCAUGUACGCGUUCAGGGAAGGCCACCCCCUCGCAAGUUCGUAUUGUAUGCAGUUCUGCCCUGACAGUCCUACAAUAGUCCCCAACAUGAUGCGCCCUCUUCCCAGAGACAAUGCAGGUGACGAUUAUUUCCUCACAAUGCUCGCUCUGUUCAAACCUUGGCGGUCGGGACUCGACCUGAAAAACGAUACAGAGGAUUGGGAAGCCGCCUUCAGCGCGUACAGUUUCUCCGAACGACAGCUGGAGCUGAUGAAGUUCUUUAACUUGCGAUGGGACUGUAUAGAUAGUCGAGACGAUUUUAGGAAAAAUAUGAAGAAUUCAAAGAAUUCAAAGAAGGACAGUGGUCUUCCAUCAUUCAUGCGAGACGACAACUUCGAUCCGGAGGCUUUCAGUGAUGAUGAUGUGUACGCCGUGUUCGCAGACACUGAAUACGUCGAUGAGAACACGGUUCCAGUACGCCACUACGAAGCACGGAAGAAGACGUAUUCGGAAACACAAGACUUCAUCGAGAAGACAGGAUGGACAAAGAGUGACGGAGAUAUCAAUGUGCUAGACCAAACAGUGGAUAUCACGUACCGUACUCCAAGUCAGUGGAGGGACAUCGUCAAGGAAGUCAGACAAUCAAUGUUGAGUCGAUGGAAAGAGAUUGCUAAGAGUACGGGCGAUCGCCUCAACAGACUGCGCGCCCUCGUAGACGUCGACAUCGUGAACAAGUCUUAUCUAUUGAAGGUCCAUCGAGCGCGCGACAGACCGGACAUCAUAGACGACACUGCCAAAACGUUUGGACUUAAUGAAGACCAGGAACGCGCGUUUCGUAUUAUAUCGAACCACGCUUCUGAUGUACGUAGGUGGCAUGGGUGGAACCGGCAAGUCGCGGGUGCUACAAGCUGUGCAGUCAAUGUUCACUAA